GGCUCUGACUAAAAAAAUCUGUUCGUGAUUCGUUCGAUUGGAUUUUUAUUAAUCAUUCGCUGAUUGCGCCUUGCCGAUUUUGUUGCGGAAGAUUGACUAACACGUCAAAAGAAACCCCACAGUUCUAUUGAAAAAGUGCGAAAGAAGUAAAAAAGGUAUUUGCUAAUAAAAACGCAAUAAUGCAGCUGCAAGCCAAAUAUUUGCUAUUAUGCCUGUUUGUCGGACUGUUUGGUUCAUAUCGUUGUCAAGCGGCAGGCGGAGAAGCAAAGGGAACAACUGUCACUACCGAGGCGGCCACCACUAUAACAGUGCCGGUGCCAGAUGACAAUACUACAACAACUGAAAUUCCGACUACAACUAAAACAACGUCAACUACUACAGUGGCACCAACCACAACUCCAACAACUCCGCCAACUACUUCAACAACCACCACCAAACCAACAACAACAACGCCUGCUCCAAUUACUACAAGCAGCACCAGCACCACAACAGCGGCUCCGAAUACAACAUCCACUACGGUGAGCCCCACUACAUCGAGCACCACAACACCGGUGCCAUCGACAACCACCACGGCCAAGCCAACACCUGUGCCAUGCGGACACUUUGAUGGCUCGUCAUUCAUUGGUGGCAUAGUGCUAACCCUUGGUCUGCUUGCCAUUGGAUUGGUCGCCUACAAAUUCUACAAGGCACACAAUGGGCGCAAUUACCACACUCUUUGAGCCGCCAACGCGUUCACAUCGGCGUUCAAUGCAGCAGCCGGUGCAACGGCUGUAAACAAUGCCGCCACGGAUGCCGAACGUGUGCGCUUUGUACAGCCAUCGAUUCCGUUGCGUUCACCACCCGCUCAACCGCCACCACCACCACCACAAGCAGCAGCAGCAACAACAAACACAGCGCCCUAUCAUCAACAGCUAUUGGCGAGCGCAGCAAAUCAAAACUCAAAUAAUUCACCUUCAGCCAGAGAUCGGCUGCUGCACACGUAAUUUAACUCGGGGUACAAAUGUAAUACAAAAAAAAAACAGCAAAAAAAAAA